UGGUCGGGCUGCAUGCACUCAGAACUUCAUGAACACUUCUGUUAAGAAGAAAGAAAUAAGGCACAAUGUCGGAUCAAUCGCCUUUUGACACAGAUGUCCAAACAAUGACUCGGUUUGUCAUGGAACAGGGAAGGAAAGCAAAAGGAACAGGGGAAUUCACGCAGCUUCUAAAUUCUCUGUUAACUGCAAUCAAAGCCAUCUCCUGUGCUGUGCGAAAAGCUGGUCUUGCCCAUUUGUAUGGAAUUGCAGGGACUGUGAAUGUGACUGGGGAUGAAGUCAAGAAGUUGGAUGUUCUGUCAAACGACCUCAUCAUUAAUCUGCUGAAAUCAUCCUAUAGCACUUCUGUAUUAGUGACAGAGGAAAACAAAGAGGCAAUAAUUGUGGAACCUGAGAGAAGAGGUAAAUAUGUGGUCUGUUUUGAUCCAUUGGAUGGUUCUUCUAAUAUCGAUUGCUUGGUAUCUAUUGGAACUAUAUUCGGCAUUUACAGGAAUGAUUCUGGAGAGCAGCCUACCGAAAAUCUUGCUCUUCAACCUGGACGAACUAUGGUAGCCGCUGGCUAUGCACUGUAUGGCAGUGCUACCCUGGUAGCACUAUCCACUGGACAAGGUGUCAACUUCUUCAUGUUGGAUCCAGCUGUAGGUGAAUUUAUUCUCGUGGAAAGGAAUGUGAAAAUAAAGAAGAAGGGGAAAAUAUACAGUCUGAAUGAAGGUUACGCCAAAUACUUCGAUCCUGCACUUACUGAAUAUAUACAGAAGAAAAAAUUCCCUGAGGAUGGCAGUGCUCCAUACAGUUCAAGAUAUGUAGGGUCUAUGGUGGCAGAUGUUCAUCGUACAUUAAAAUAUGGAGGCAUCUUCAUGUACCCUGCCAACAAGAAAAGUCCAAAAGGAAAGGUGUUCGUAGUUUGGAAUUCAGCAAUGGCAAUCCCACUGAAAGUCAAGAAAAAUGGUUAUAUUCUAUCUUGUUGGAGAUAGUCAUUACCUGGCAGUUGUGUGCUACAGAUGUUACUCGCUUCUUCUCAGCUCAAGAUUGGAUGUUACCCAUGUCUUGCUGCAUUUGGACAUUGACUGCUUCAAUAUGUAAGGAGUUGUGAAUUGUAAUGAAUAUUGUGCAAUCAUCAGCAAACCAUCCACACUUCCAACCUCAAAGGAAGGCCAUUGAUUAAGGAGAAGAAUAAAAUUGGGGCAAGGGCACUAAUGCGAAGAACUCCUGUGGCUGGUAUGAUCGACUUCCAACAACCACAGCUUUCUUCCUUUGCGCUUUGUAUGACUCCAACCAGUGGAGAGCUUUCCACUGAUUCCCAUUGAAUUCUUAGUUACUAAGGCUCCUUGAUGCCACACUCACAUCAAAUACUGCCUAGAUUGCAAGGAAAGUCAUUCAUACUCUGUUGCAAUGAGAGAACAUUCAGUUGACAGUUGUUGCUAAUAUUAUUACAGAGCCAUUUCAAUUCACCACUGAUAGUAGCUUUGACUUCAUCAGCAUUACUGCAAUAUAAAUGAGAUCUACAACACGUGGAGGCCAAGAACCACUGAAGGAGGUGGUUCUCUUGAAGUUUCUAUUCAAGUAAAGGAUGUCAAUUUACAUUAAUGAGGACACAAAUGAAACAAUAAUAUUUUUGUGCCAAUGUCAAAGACAAGGCUGCUGUUGAUGAUUUUGGCUACUGUGAUAGAAUGUAGGCUAGGCAAAGGAUGUCAAUGAAUGGUGAAUUAAGGUGUGCAUAUUCAAUUGCAAUUUAAAUUUUUUUUGUCUUAAUUGAAUGGUAGAUAGAUUCAAUUGUCUUACUGCCCAGCUCUUGUUCCAAAUAUUUCAUGUACCCUGAAUAUACUAGUAAUUUCCAGGAAUAACUUGAAUCUCUUAUUA